GUUUCCCACCCCUGCAGGUGUUACCCUGUGGGUGUUUUUUCCCCUUCCUGCCCCUGCUGAGCAGGAUCUGUGCACCGCUGUCACACUGCUCUGCUGUCACACUGCUCUGCUGUCACACUGCUCUCCUGUCACACUGCUCUGGUGUCACACGGGACCUGGGGCUCCUCCAGCACCACUCCAGCUCGGGAUCAGUACCAGGAUGGGGGUGAAGGGCUGCUUGGRGCUGCUGCCGCUGCUGCUGCUGCUGCUGCYGCCCCUCCCUCACGGUGAGCACUGGGGCCGAAGGUCCGGCGUGGCCACUGCAGGCUCGGACUCACUGGCCGGGUUGCUGGCAGGUGCUGGCGGGGAUGGGACCUGGCUCCAGCCGUCGAUCAUCAAGGGACACGAGGCCAAACCCCACUCCCGGCCCUACAUGGUGUCCCUGCAGUUCAGGRAGGUUCAUUUCUGCGGGGCAGCGCUGCUGCACCGGCGCUGGGUGCUGACGGCCGCGCACUGCCAGCCGCGGGGGGGGCUCCGGUGGAAGAAUCCCGAGGCGGGCGCGCAGACAUUYUCCAUCCGAGCUGCCUGUCCCCACCCCGACUACGACUCAGACACGAUGGAGAACGACCUGCUCCUGCUCCAGCUGGAGGGGACAGUGACACUGAGCAGGACACGGCGGCUGAUCUCGCUGGCGAGCCGGGAGCCGGCGGUGGGGUCGCGGUGCAGCCUGGCGGGCUGGGGACUCCGCAAGGACAAGAAGCUGUCGCCCACCCUGCAGGAGCUGGAGGUGACGGUGAUGGACGCGCGGAUGUGCAACAACAGCCGCUUCUGGGACGGAACAAUCUACCCCACCAUGAUCUGCUUCCGAGGGGAGCGCAGCGGCUCCGCACCCGCCCAGGGUGACUCGGGGGGCCCGUUGGUGUGCGGGAAGCGGCCGGCGGUGGCCGGUGUGAUGUCCUUCGGCAAGAAAGUCGUCAACCCAUUUAAGCCACCGGUGGCCACCUCGACCGUGAAGUACAAGAAAUGGAUCCAGAAAACGCUGCGGAGGGGCUGCCCUGCCCCCAGGGAUAGACACGACACCCCUUUCCUAUUUACACAGGGCAGCCCCCCGGCCUGGUGACAGCACCCUGUGAGCUGCCUGCAGGACAAACCCCAUCGGGAUUCCAGCCAGCCCUGCGAACCCCUGCCCGGCUCCUCCUGCACCAUUUCCACCUGCCAUCACCUCGGACCGGCACAGUCCCCUGUCAGCACUCAGGAGCUUCCAGCAGCACAAAUUCGGGUCUUGUCCCCUGUCCCCCCUCCAAAGCCUGUCCCCUGUGUCCCUUCCCCGGUUAAUAAACGAGCUGCGAUCGCUGGCAGAGCCAGAGGUGGUGCC